UCGAUCAGCCCUUCACUGCGGCUGUGCACUGAUGUCUCUCUCUCUCUUUCACACACACACACACACACACGCGCGCGCUCGCGCACACUGUCUCUUCUGUUCACGUUCCCAGAUAGAAGUACCAAGAAAAUAAUCUUUCAUUGAUUCCUCUCGUCGGACAGCAUGGCCUCUGGUGUCACAGUCAGUGAUGAAGUCAUCAAAGUCUUCAAUGACAUGAAAGUACGGAAGUCCUCGACCUCAGACGAGGUGAAAAAGCGCAAAAAGGGAGUGCUGUUCUGCCUCAGCGAUGACAAGAAGAAGAUCGUGGUAGAAGAAGGCAGGCAGAUCUUAGUCGGAGACAUUGGAGACAGUGUCGAUGACCCUUACGCCUGCUUCGUGAAGCUCCUUCCUCUCAACGACUGCAGAUACGGCUUAUACGAUGCCACUUACGAAACUAAAGAGUCCAAGAAAGAAGACUUGGUAUUUAUAUUUUGGGCCCCUGAAGGUGCGCCGUUAAAAAGCAAGAUGAUUUAUGCUAGCUCAAAAGAUGCCAUUAAGAAGAAGUUUACAGGUAUCAAACACGAAUGGCAGGUUAAUGGUUUAGAUGACAUUCAGGACCGCUCAACCCUGGCAGAGAAGUUGGGCGGAAACGUGGUCGUAUCGCUGGAGGGGAGACCAUUGUAAACUCAACAGCCAUGUGCCAUCUGGAAUCCACACGCUCUCAUCUAUCAUAUGAUCCUGAAGGAAUAAUCCUAGUUGUCUUUAUUUCCUUUUUUUAGUUUGUUUCUUGCUGUUGUUUUUUUCCACACUAAGGAGAUCUCAUUAACACAUGUAAGAAAAAAUCUACCAGCUGAAUGAUAGCUUACUUUUGCAGUUAACUUUUAUACGUCCCUAAAGAACUUUCUCUUUGUGUUUUGCCAAACGACAGAAGAAAGCUUGGAUGAUCAGAUAUUAAGAGUUGAUUUUUUAUUAUGCUGUAAGAGAAUGCUGUACGUUAAUGCCUCACAGCAAUGUGUUAUCCGGUGACGAGCACUUUACAUGUUUGAAACUAUUUAUUUGAACUCUUCUGACUAAUCUGGCUCAUUUGACAUGGCGAAUUUUAUUUAGUCUAUGCAGAUAAACAAAGCACUUUUGGUUUUUACACUCCCAGUUGAAGGAGGACUAUGGGAUUUGUGUCUGUGUCAGAACCGGGAUAGAAGUUAGCACAGUUUUCAUUGCUGUUACACAUAUGGACAUAAACAGAUGGGUUCUGAACUCUUCACCGCAGCCUUUGAUUCAAACACACCUUUGAACGUGAAGCCCAGCUGCUUGGAAUGAUCUCUCUUUUAGUAACACUACAUGAAAACACAAUAUUAUCUGUAAAAUUGGCAAUAUUUGCGGCCUGAAGUAAAACAUUGUUUCUGAGAUCGAGGAAGGUGCCACCGUGAAAUAAAAUCUUGUGGCAGGA